ACACUCGGGUGCAAAAAGCUUGUGCCUUUUAUUUUUUUUUCCUCCACCUAUAUUCCUUUAGCAAAUCUCACCUCGCGCCCUGCGAUUGGCUGUUGACGCUCGCCUUAGUUCUUUAGGAUUGGUGGAACAGCGGCGAGUGUGAACUACUAGCCAAUGGGAGCGCGGCUAAGCGGGACUAGUCCAAAAUCGGGUGCGGAAAAUAAUAAUACCGUGUCCGAGGAGGGAAAGUGAAACUAGUGCGGGUUAAAUGGUGUAAACUUCCUGCUGGCGGCUAUGACGGGCUACCGAAAACCUCAGGGAAGAGGCUCAGGAUUUAGGUUUGAAUUUAUGUCCUGACAUCCUCUGUGACCUGCACAGAUGAUCAGCCAUAACUGGGCUGUAAUCUCUCAGAUGUGCUUCGUUUACAGACAGUGGACAUAUGCAUAAGUGUGGGACAUGCCCACACUGUUUUUAAGGAAUAUUUACGCAAGACAGAGGAUGUUCGUGUCCAUUAAGUGGAAGCAUAUCCCCCCCUGUAACUGAUUUUUAAGUGAAUGUGUAGAGACCCACUACAUGUGUUGAUUGUGGACUGGAAGACAGUGAUUGUAAACUGCCAAUAUGGGGAAUUCCUGCUGCCCACCCUCUAAUCCAUGCGAUCAUACUGUGGACGAGACGAAGGGGCUGCUGAGCUCGUCUGAGUCAAAGAAUUCAACCAAGGCGGAAGGAACAGGGGAAGUUAACUUCAACUCAGCAGAGGUAGCAGCAGAGGAGAGCAAAAGUGAUGAAGUGGUCAACAGCCAAGAGGUGGUCACAGAUCAGCCGACUGCGGUUACCAAACCAGAACAGGCACAAAGUUCCUAUAGUGCUACCAUAAACUUUCUGCACACUGAAGUCUCUCUUGCUGCAAUAGCUAGCCAAAGCUCCUCGUCUGAAGCACAGAAAGAACCAGAGAAUGCAACUGUAGAAAUAGAAGAAACAAAAAAUGAUGCCGGGAUAGAAGAAAUUGUAACGGCUGAGUCAGUUAACGCACCAAUAGAGACAGUCCCAGCUGAGGGGAUGGAGGAACCGAAGGUGCAUAUGACUGAUGUGAUCGUGAAGGUGGAAGUACCUGCAGACACUAAGGAGGCAUCUUCAGAGGUUUCUGAGGAGGAACUGCAGAAGCUAGUAGCUGCUGUGGAUGUAAAGAACGUGGCAGCUCCGAUGGCAGCCAAAGGAGAAGAACAGGAGGAGGCAACUGCGGUGGCUGGAGAGAAAAUGGCAGCUGAGGUUGACGUACAGAAGGAGACAACUGCGGUGACUGGAGAGAAAGUGGAAGCUGAUGUAGAUGUACAGAAGGAGGCAGCUCCGGUGGCUGGAGAGAAAGUGGAAGCUGAUGUAGAUGUACAGAAGGAGGCAGCUCCGGUGGCUGGAGAGAAAGUGGAAGCUGAUGUAGAUGUACAGAAGGAGGCAGCUCCGGUGGCUGGAGAGAAAGUGGAAGCUGAUGUAGAUGUACAGAAGGAGGCAGCACCGGUGGCUGGAGAGAAAGUGGAAGCUGAGGUAGACAUACAGAAGGAGGCAGCUACAGUGGCUGUAGAGAAAGUGGCAGCCGAGGUACAAGUACAGAGGGAAGCAGCUGCAGUGGCUGUAGAGAAAGUGUCAGCCGAAGUACAAGUGGCUGCACAAAAAGUGGCAGCCGAGGUACAAGUACAGAGGGAAGCAACUGCAGUGGCUGCACAGAAGGAGGCAGAAGAAUUAGAUGUACAGAAGGUGGCAUCUGCAGUGGCUGCACAGAAAGAGACCGCUGAGGUAGAAGUACAGAAUGUGACAGCUGCAGCGGAUGAUCAGAAAGAGGCAGCCAUAGAGGAAGUACAGAAAGAGGAAGCUGUAGUGGAAGUACAGAAAGAGGCAGCUGUAGUGGAAGUACAGAAAGAGGCAGCUGUAGUGGAAGUACAGAAAGAGGCAGCUGUAGUAGAGGUACAGAAAAAGGUAUCUGAGGUAGAAGUAAAGAAGGUGGCAGCUGACGAGGACGAACAAAAGGAACCUGCUGAGGUGAACAUUGAGAAGAAGGCAGCGGAGGAGAAACCAAUCCCCCCUGUUGAUGAUUUAAUUGAGAAACAUGAACAUCUAGCACCUUCAGCUGGAGCACAGAACAAUAAAAAAGCAGAGACCUCCGUGAGAGAAAAUGGUGAUGCAGAACCUCAGAAAUCUUCACCAGAUUCCUCAAGGGAACCUGUGCCAGCCAAGGUGAUCACUGAAGAACCUGCAGAAAAGCCUACAAACAAAGUAGAGGACAAACAUGAAGAGCACAUUGCAGCUGCUACAGCUGAAGGAAAGGGAGAUGGCUUGCCCUCUGAAACUCAGGAACAUUGUGGAGUGGUGACCUCUCUUGCAGCAGAAAUUAGUAGUGAUGUCACUCCUCACACUGUAGAGAAUGGGCAAGGGGAUAAUUUGAAAGACGAGAGCCAGCCUAAUGUGGAUGCUGCACUUGUAUUGGAGAUUCCCCAGGAGACAAAGCCAGUCCAGAAAACCCUUGAAGAAACUUCCAGUAUUGAGACUAAAGCACAGCUGUCAGAAACCACUGCCAAUGUGAGCAGCUUUGUAGAGCAAGUGGAGAAGUCUGAGCCCCCACAUGCUGCAGCAGAUCAGGAGAAGUCUGCCGAGGGUCUUCUGAAUGGCCUGGACUCUAGUACUCCUGUAGAGAAGACUGAAUCCACAGAAGCUCACGGUGAUGCUGUUCAUGUGGAGAGUGUUGAGCCCACUGAAAGGGAAGCCAUAACACUGGAUGAACAUGUACAGAAAGCAGAGGAACCAGAGCACCUGCUGAGCGAGAAGGAGAAAGCAGAACCAACUCUCCAGGAGCCAGUAGAAAAAGAGCAUACAGAGAGUCACAAGGGUCAAAAAGGAGAGAUUAUACUGAGCAGCAGCCAUGCUGUGGAGGUUGCGCUGAUCCCUGUGAGUGAGAAGUUCUCAGAAGUGGAAGAGGAACUGCAAGAAGUUGAAGACCUCUACCGGGGAGCUGAAGAGAUUGAAAAAGACCUGCCAAAAGAAAAGCAAUCAAAGCCUCUUCUGGAGUUCACAAUCCCUGGAGUGGAAGAGAGGUGUAGUUUAGCAGCUGCUGUUGACAUACUGGCUUACAGUGAGAGGGAAUGGAAAGGAAACACUGCCAAAAGCACACUCAUCAGAAAGGGCUAUUCAGAGAUGUCCUGCAGUUUUAACGGCCUGAGGAGAGUAAGAGGAGACAACUACUGUGCUCUGAGGGCUACCCUGUUCCAGGUACUGGCCACCACCACGCAGACUCCGGCCUGGCUGCAGAAAGAAGACUUCACUUCAUUGCCAGAGAAGCUUGAAGCUCAAGAGCACCUGAUUGGUGGAUGGAGGUUCCCUGCAGAGUGUGGACGAGUAGGAGAAAAAGAGAAUUCUGUAGAAAAGCUGAAGCACUAUAUGGAGCUCCUGCAGAAAAGGUGGCAGGCAGCAGUGGAGUCGGUGAGCCUGGAGGAGAGGCAGCAUUUGUGUGAGCGCGUGUUUCAGAGCGGAGAAGAAGAGUAUGGUCUUCUGGAGGUGCUGAAGUUCCUCAUGCUGGCCACAGCAGUGGAAUUGCACGGCCAAAUGAUGGCGGGACAGGAAGUGCCUGUGUUCUGUUGGCUACUGUUCGCCCGGGACACGUCCGAAACCCCCAAAACACUCCUGAACAAUCAUCUGAGCCAGGUCGGCUUCAGUGGAGGGCUAGAACAGGUGGAGAUGUUUUUGCUGGGUUAUGCCUUACAGCACACCAUUCAAACCUUCCGCCUCUACAAGAUGGACACAGAGGAGUUUGUGACGCACUACCCGGACGACCACAAGCAGGACUGGCCUUGUGUGUGCAUCGUCACGGAGGACGAUCGACAUUACAACGUCCCCAUCAGGAAACAAGCACAACACCAGCUUAACCACGACCUCUCAGUGCCGUGGCCUAACCUCAGCUGAUUGGCCUUAUGAAUAUUAUAAAUGGACUUCUGGAAUACUGAGACCUUAAAUAAGAAGAACAGACUUAAGUAUAAGUUCCAACUGACUCCAUAUUUAUGAUUUGAGUGUAAUGAAUGGGAAGAAGAUAGUUUACAUUUAAUGUUUACCUUUUUUUUAUUUUUGGUUUUACAGAAUGAGGCGUAUAUUUUACAACAAUCCUCCCUUUCUUUCCUCCUGAAGAGCUUCUGUCCUGCAGGUUUAAACUCCAUCUCAAAUCUAACACAUCCUAUUCAGACAGUCGGAGACUAAAUUCUAAAAGUACUGAGUUGGAUCUUGAGGGGUAGAUUAGUGUUGGAUCCACAGUCUGUAGGAAGGUAGUUCUCCAGGAGUAGGGAUGAAGGUCAUUGAGUUACACUUUGUCCUAACAGCAAGCAAUGCAAGUGAGCGACUGUGGGGAGAAAAAAUGCCCUCGUUGAUAUAAACAAUCCUGUCUACAAAAGACCAUGAUAUGAUGCUGUGUUUUCAGCAUUUCUGUACACUGAUGUUCCUUUUUAUCAAAACCUACAGUUAAAGAAGCUGCCUUUAGUCAAAACACAGUUAAACCUUCAAAAAACAAAGAAUAUGAUCCUUGAGGGUGAGAUAAGAGUUCAGUAUGACUCUUCUUCUAAUGAUAAUUUAAAGAUGUUCAGGAAAAUAGGGCUGUCCAAAUAAAAGAUUUGUUAACGUGAUUCAAAGCAACGGCCAUCAAAUGCUUGUAAUUAUAAAAAAAAAAAACAAUCAAUUAUGUCUUUUAAAAUUAUUUAUAUACAGUAACAGUCAAAAGUUUGGACACAUGCAGCAUCCAGUGCUUUAAUUUAUUUUUAUUUAUUUUAUUUUUCCACAUUGUAGAUGUAUAUUGAAGACAUCAGAAUUAUGAGGGAAUACCCAUAGAAUUAUUUCAUUUAAAAAAGUGUUCAACAAACCAGAAUUUAAUUCAAAGUACCUGCAGAAUUCUUUUCUUUAAUGACAGAUGUGCACACAUCUGGCAUUCUCUCGAUCAGCUUUAUGAAAUAGAGCCGUCUGAAUGAUUCUACUACAAUCUUGAGUAAGACUUCAAAGGUGCUAGGCCUUUUUUUUGGCUGCAUUUCCUUUAGGCUGCUUUUCGACUCAUUCCAAACUGUCAGUUGUGUUUAGGUUGUUAUCUUCAGUAUUAUUCUACAGUGAAGAAUAAUAAAAAAAAACAGAUACUGUACAUGUACAGUAAUGUAAAUACCUAAUUCCAGAUCCAACACCAAAUUUCAGUGUAGGCGUACAUUUGUGUGUUCACUUGCUGCUAGGACAAAGUGUUAAUUUCAGCACAGGAGUCUUUGAUUGCUUUUUUUUUUUUUUUUUUUUUU